CACAAUGCUGGGCAUGUACGUGCCGGACAGGUUUGCCCUGAAGUCCUCUAACAUUCAAGACGGGAUGGGGCUCUUUACAGCCCGGAGAGUGAAAAAGGGUGAAAAAUUUGGACCGUUUGCAGGAGAGAAGCGAAUGCCUCAGGACUUGGAUGAAAACACAGACUGCAGGCUGAUGUGGGAGGUUCGUGGGAAUAAAGGUGAGGUGCUUUAUGUUCUAGAUGCCAGCAACCCGAGGCAUUCUAACUGGCUGCGUUUUGUGCAUGAAGCCCCAUCCCAGGAGCAGAAGAACCUGGCAGCCAUCCAGGAAGGAGAAAACAUUUUCUAUCUAGCUGUUAAGGAUAUUGAAACAGAUACGGAACUACUGAUCGGUUACCUUGACAGUGACAUGGAAGAAUUAGAGGAAGAGGAGGAGGAAGUGGUUAUUAACCAGGAAGAAGAUGACAGCAACAACAACAGUAAUAGCGGCCAGAAUAAGGAAUUGCAACCAAGCUGUGAAAAAGAUCCUAUUAAUUGCAAAGAGGACCAUGCAUGCCCUAACUGUGAAUCCAGUUUUGCCAGCCAGGAAAUCCUAGCUGAACAUCUUCAAACAUUGCACCAAAAACCCAGUGAGGAAAAGGAAUUCAAAUGCAGGAACUGUGGGAAGAAAUUCCCAGUUAAGCAAGCUUUGCAGAGACACGUCCUUCAAUGCACAGAAAAUGUCGACCCGGGUGAACAUCUGAGAAGUUUUCAGUGUUCCGUUUGCAGUACACCCUUCAGCUCAGAAUCGAGCUACGAGCAGCACAAAGAAGCAUGCCGAGGGGAUGCCAGGUUCGUAUGCAAGGCUGAUAGCUGUGGAAAGAGGUUCAAGAGUAAGGAUGCCCUGAAGAAGCACAAGGAAAAUGUGCACACCGGAAACUCUAGGAAGAGGAUGAUGUGCUCAGUGUGUAGCAAGAGGUGUUCUUCAGCAGCAAAUCUUCAGGAGCAUCGAAAGGUUCAUGAGAUCUUUGAGUGUCAGGAGUGUGACAAGAAAUUUAUUUCAGCUAACCAGCUAAAACGCCACAUGAUAACUCACUCAGAAAAACGCCCCUACACCUGCGAGGUUUGCAAUAAGUCCUUCAAACGACUUGAUCAAGUGAAUGCACACAACAUAAUACACAGUGAAGAUAAACCCUAUAAAUGCAAGCUUUGCGGAAAGGGAUUUGCCCACAGAAAUGUUUACAAGAAUCACAAGAAGACUCAUUCUGAAGAGAGACCAUUUCAGUGUGAGGAAUGCAAAGCAUUGUUCCGAACCCCAUUUUCUUUGCAGAGGCAUCUUCUAAUACAUAACAGUGAAAGAACAUUUAAGUGUGAUCAUUGUGAUGCUACCUUCAAAAGGAAGGACACGCUGAAUGUUCACAUACAGGUUGUUCAUGAUGGUCACAAGAAAUAUAAAUGUGACUUAUGUGACAAAGCUUUUGUGACACCCUCUGUGCUGAAGAGUCAUAAAAAAACUCACACAGGUGAAAAGGAAAAAAUUUGUCCAUAUUGUGGACAGAAGUUUGCAAGCAAUGGAACAUUGAGAGUACACAUUCGAAGCCAUACAGGUGAGCGUCCUUACCAGUGUCCUUACUGCGAUAAAGCUUUCAGCAAGAAUGAUGGAUUAAAAAUGCACAUCCGUACCCACACAAGGGAAAAACCAUACCAGUGUUCAGAGUGUAACAAGGCCUUCAGUCAGAAACGCGGCCUCGACGAGCACAUGAGGACCCACACCGGAGAAAAGCCCUUUCAGUGUGACGUCUGUGACUUGUCGUUCAGCCUAAAGAAAAUGCUGAUCCGGCACAAACUGACUCACAAUCCCAAUCGCCCGAUGGCAGAGUGCCAGCUGUGCCACAAAAAGUUUACAAGAAAUGACUACCUCAAGGUGCACAUGGAAAAUGUCCACGGAGAAACUGACAGUUAAUUUGGGGCUGACUUGAGAAAGUGUCUAACAUUCCCUUUAGAAGCAUAUAAAUGCCAGACUUCUCAACUGAUU